GUAGAUCCCUGUAGAAGCAGGAACUGCACCAAAUCGGUCUCCAUCCCCUGCUAUCAAAGAGUUCAACAAACAGCAAGCCUUCGUCCCACAAGAUCGGUCUUGAAAGCUUGGUCCUAGCAACUUUGUCUUUGAAGUACCGUGCUUUGAUUCAGGCUGAGACCAACAGGCGGUGGCAAUUUUUUUGAUUCUCCUACCGUGAAGUAUGUCAGACCAGGAGAACGACCCACCCACAAAGCCCCCUGGCAACCCCAAGGCGGCUACCAGCCCCACCAGACUGACCUCAAGCCCGAUCAGAAUGCCUUUCAGCCCGGUCAGGGCCGGACCCAGGCAGACCGAAGAAUCUGAAGUCGCAGUUCCUCAAGGCCCUGACAGAAACGUGCAGAUAAUUGGCAAUGGCCAUCCCAUUGCGACCUCGGGCACGCCCGUCUACGACGAGAAUCCGCUGGAUCUCACCAUCGGGCUUCACUUCAGUACCGAGAACUUGAUCACUGAGCACCGUGAUCAGAGAAGCUCCCUUGUACGGGCUUUCGAGGCUAUGCGUGCUGAGUUCAUGAGCCAAAUUGAAGAAGACUUGCACUUCUGGAUAACUUUAUCCACAUGCCACACCCAAGUAGACUUUGUCAUGGGUGUUGAGCAGGAAGAGCCGCGUAUUUUCGUGGCAGUAACCAUCGACAACGCCAUCGAGGCUGAGAAGAUUCACAUGCGACUUCGUUACCAGCUGAACGUCACUUUUCCCAACACCUUCCUUCCUAUCCGAUUCUACACCAACGAUGAGGUGGAUCUCGGCGCCAAAUCAAAGAAGAAGGGUAAACAGAGUAACACUGCCGGUGAGGCUUCGGCAUCGUCCUCUGCUACGCCUGCGCCUGCGGCCACCCAAUGUGCCAGAGAAGACACUCCUUCAGCGACUACUCCGGUCUACAACCCCACGACCCCUAUUCAACUCUAUUCGGUAGAUAUCGGCCACACUGCAGCGACUUUGAAGAGACGAUACAGGCCCGAACACGUGAAACCUCCACGUUCGCUUCGCCACAGAGGUCUUCCUAAAUCAGUGCCGAUGCGGGAAUUCAGGGGAAACGUCUUCGACGUGGAUGCUGAUGGCCAGUCUCUUUUUGGCGCAUCAAUCAGUCUUUCUAAUGGGGAGGUGGCAGGCACCCUAUCGGCCUUCGUCUGUCUCACCGACCCUGCCACAGAUCAAUGGAUCGUCAAUGACAAUGGCCAACGUGUUGUAUCCAUGUUUACCAACCACCAUGUCCUCAGACCAUACGACAAUGCCAUGUUGACCUUGGACCAGGCCAGACACCUCGAUCGAGAGGAUUCGGUCGUGACUCAUCUUUCACGUACCGAUCGUGAGGGCACGACUUGGAGCUAUCUCGGCCUGAUCCGAGAGACGUAUGACUACCUGAACGAGCUGAUCGAACAACGCUUGGUAAACCCAUCCAGCAGGGCUUCCCAAAGAUUGGACUCCGACACGAAGAACACCAUCUUGGACCAGCUCUGGAUUGGUCACCAUCGCCUCCUGCAGCUGAAGCAGAUGCUGGCUGACUUCAACACUUCAUCUCCUCGCGAAUGCCCUUUUGCCAGGCUAAUCUGUAGCUCCGGCCGAAGCCAAGCAGCCUAUGACGACGUGAUCAGCAGCGAAUUCAGCGGCAAUGUUACUGACAUGAUAAGCAUGGACUAUGCCUUUGCGCAAGUUUCUGAAGAGUUUUGGCCGUUCUGCAUCAACAAGAUCUCAUCCUUUCCCGGUCGACAGUUACCCAGUUGCAUUCGACGGCUUCACGUCGCAUCCCUCCGUUACAGGAUUCGCCCCGGUGAACCCUUACGAUGUCGUGCUCAAGGUUCCAUCUAGGACCACAGGUGCAACCUACGGAAUGGUCCAGCCAAACCGUAGAAGAUCCAAGCGUCAUCACCACGACGAAGAUAACUACGAAGUGCUGCUGUUGUCAAUGGCAAAGGCGAAAUGGUCGGCAUCGUUAUCAGCGGUAAGAACUUC